CCCGGCACACAUCCUGUGUCCAUGUUUGGGCAUUUACGUCACGGCGGCAGGGCCGGGGCCUCCCGAAAUGGCAGUGGCCCGGGUCGGAAGCCCGGAGCCAGCGCGGCCGCUGCUAUAUAAGUGGGGGGGCCGCGGAUCGGGGGAGCCCAGCUGCGCUUUGGAGAAGCGAGAAGCCGCCGCCCGAGGCAGGUCCCGGCGAGCAAAGGCGCCUCGGCCCCCCGUUCCCUUUCCCAAAGGUGAGCACCUGGAGCCAGGAGCCCGGGUGCUUGGGUCAGUGAGGCACAGGGCACCGCAACAGCUGGCCUCCCCGUCACCCGCGCGCAGCCAAGCCCAUCGGGCGAGGCCCCCGGCGCCCCGCAGCCGCCGCCGCGCCAUGCUUCACCUUAGCGAGUUUUCCGGCCCCGACGCGCUUCUGGUCAAGUCCACCGAGGGCUGUUGCGCGGAACCCAGCACUGAAUUGUCCCGGCUGCCCGGUAGGGACGCGCCGGCGACUGCCGGCUACCCCGGAGCAGGCGACUUCUUGAGCUGGGCUUUGAGCAGCUGCAGCGCCGGGGGGGACUUAGCCGAUUCCUGCUUCCUGGAGGGGCCUGCACCCACGCCCCCUCCUGGCCUCAGCUACAGCGGUAGCUUCUUCAUCCAAGCAGUACCCGAACACCCGCACGACCCGGAGGCACUCUUCAACCUCAUGUCGGGCAUCCUGGGUCUGGCACCUUUCCCCGGCCCUGAGGCGGCAGCAUCCCGGUCUCCGCUGGACGCCUCUUUUUCCGCAGGCCCCGACGCCUUGCUGCCGGGUCCCCCGGACCUUUACUCCCCGGAUCUGGGCGCUGCCGCCUUCCCAGAGGCGUUCUGGGAAGCCUCACCCUCGGCAGGCGCCCCCUCACAGUGCCUGUAUGAGCCUCAGCUCUCCCCGCCCGACGUCAAGCCAGGCCUCCGGGCGCCUCCGGCCUCCCCUGCGCUGGACACUGCCUCGGCCUUCAAAGGCCCCUACGCUCCCUGGGAGCUGCUCUCAGCUGGAGCCCCAGGGAGCUGUGGGUCACAGGGAGCCUACCAGGCCCCCUCCGACGCCCGUUUCCCUUCGAUGGGGGCCAAGAUUGAAGACCUGCUGUCCAUCAGCUGCCCGGCGGAGCUGCCAGCCGGUCCCGCCAACAGACUCUACCCCACGGGGUCUUACGACGCUUAUCCGCUGGCCGCAGGUGACUUAGGAGAGGUGGCCGAGGGCCUCCCGGGUCUCCUGACCCCUCCUAGUGGGGAUGGGGGGAGUAGCGGCGACGGUGGAGAGUUUCUGGCGGGUACUCAGGCUCAGGUUUCUCCCCUGGGCCUUCGCAGCACCGCGGCGGACUUCCCGAAACCUCUGGUGGCAGACAUCACUGGGAGCAGUGGCGUGGCCGAGCCUCCGGGGCCACCGCCGCCGGCCCCAUUCCCACCCACCAAGGCGCGGCGCAAGGGGCGCCGGGGCGGCAAGUGCAGCGCGCGCUGCUUCUGCCCGCGGCCUCACGCCAAGGCCUUUGCUUGCCCAGUGGAGAGCUGUGUGCGCAGCUUUGCGCGCUCCGACGAGCUCAACCGCCACCUGCGCAUCCACACCGGCCACAAGCCCUUCCAGUGCCGCAUCUGCCUCCGCAACUUCAGCCGAAGCGACCACCUUACCACCCACGUGCGCACUCACACGGGUGAGAAACCCUUUGCCUGCGACGUGUGCGGCCGCCGCUUCGCGCGCAGUGAUGAGAAGAAAAGGCACAGCAAGGUGCACCUCAAGCAGAAGGCGCGCGCGGAGGAGCGGCUCAAGGGCCUUGGCUUUUACUCUUUGGGCCUCUCUUUCGCCGCCCUGUGAGGGGGAAAUGGGUUUGUAGAUUGAGGCGCUGCCGCCCGGCACGAAAGAGGAGACCUGGCCCGACCCCCCACCCACCCCUUUUCCGGCACGUCCCGGGGCCGGGCUCUGGUCCCACUUCCAGUUCCCUUGAAGUGCCCGUCGUUCACGCCUCGUUCAGCACCAGCUCCGUGGACAGCUCCUGCGGUCCCCGGCGCUGACGCCCGCGUCCGCCGCUCUUUGAAGAAGUCCUCUCAGGCCACCCACUGAGUAGGCACUUCCAUGGGACUCAAGAUAGCCUUUUGUAACUAACUUGGCGCACGCCCCACGCCCCUCAUUAGAACCCCCAGAGUCAGGCUGGGGCAGCGCCGAGCCGGUCUCGCGCGGGAUUUUGUACAGCAAUGUCGUUUCCAGCAGCCAUUGGAUGUAACGUUUUGCUUUGGGGUUAUUUCCUUUUGUUGUUGUUAAUUUUUGUAAAGCAGACGCUACUCUCGAGCAGUUGACAAAACUGUUUAUUUUUGCAAUUAAAAUUAUUGUGCUAAAAGCUUACUGAAUCUGCCAUCUAAGCUCCUGACCCUUUCCCCCCAGUCACUCCCCCAGGAGAAUAUGUGCCAGAAGAGAAAGGAGAUAUUCAGCCAAAAGGAUCAUUACGCAGCUAUUGUCAGGCACUGUGGCACAUAGUAGGCAUUCAAUAAAUAUGUACUGAAUUAACAAAUGCAUUUAAUCACAACUGACCUAAGAGCUCAAAGUUUUUUCUGAAACUUGAGAGUGAUUGAGAUGUUGAGGUAACAUUUGGGGAUAUAUUAUCCUAAAUCUUCACAAUUCUAAAUGCAGCAACAUAUAUUCCAUUUCAAAGAUGAAGGAGCAAAGUAGGUAACUUGCUGGGUAACCUGGCUAGUAAGUGACGGGGUCAAACUCAGAUCUGUCUGGCUCCAAAGCCAGUAAUUUUUUUUUACCAACCCCAGAAUGGUGGCACCUCACCUUAAUAGUGCUGUUUGGAAAGGCUUCCUACCCACAAGUGAGAGAGAUUUGGGAACUAGAGGAGGCCCAGGCAGUAGCCAUGACAAUGGAGGACUGCAGUAUGGCAGAGCUGUCUGUGAACAACCGAAGUAUUAGGUAUCACAGAAGCUCCAGCCAGUGGCUGUGCAUCUGUAUGAGAAAAAGGGGCUGUCAGGGCCAAACGGGACUCAGCAUUCAGCCAGACCAUGGAUGGGCCGAGCCAAGCCACACGAGGUGCUUGCCAGAUUCUCACAGUCAUGUUAGUUGCUCCCAAACGAUCUUGUUUAGGUGGCAGCAGCCCCUCUACCAUCCAGCCAUGCACCUGCCAUAGUCGCUUUUCCCUAACUCUCCUUCCAGGUGAACCCUUCAUGGCUUGGGGUGGGAGGUGGGGAAGAUGGGGAAUGGUUUCAACUUGGUCCCCCUUUACUCCCUGAACCCCCAACUCAAAAGAUUUCUGGCCACCUUGAGCAGACUCUGGAAUAUUAGAAGUCUGCUGUUCACCCUCUCUCCUCCCCAGUAAUUCCUUUCUGCUAAGGAAAAGAUAGGGCCUGUCUGCAGGCUUCAUUCUUUUCUCCUUCAAGCUGAGCUGUUCUUGAGUUAAGAGUGCCUUACAGCCCUGUGAUGCCAGAUCAGUCUGGCUUCGGAUCCUUUGGCUUCUUUGUCCCUUCACUGUCAGACAUGCUCACCUUCCACCCCAGUGUUCAGUUGACCAGAGACAAAAUAAUCAAGUCAGAGAAUUCCAUCCAUUUCUCCCCUCAGGUGUUAAGUGCUUUCAUGUGACCCGAGU